GUCUAAUAGGGAAGAGACGGUCUCAGCUGGUGGUUCUGCUUAGAGAAAGAAAACCUUUCCUAAGAUCCACUCUGUCCUGACUCAGUGGCCUAAAGUCACUAAAGCCUUGGGUCACACCCUGAGCAGUCCACUUGCUGUUAGGUUCAAUGACGUCCCCUGAAGUGGAAUGCGUUUGGCUGCUCUUUUAGUAUGCGGAUGUCCUGCACAGUAUUUGCUGGCCUGUGUGUCCCAGUGUCCCUCACACACCAAAACGGGGUCCCGACCGCUGUGGGCAGGCAUUGCUGCAGAUUGGGAUGAACAUGAUGGCACUACCCGGAGGCCGCCACCUGGAUUCCAUUCCUCUGCAAGGGCAGAGGCUACCCUUCAUGCAGGUGGACUCGGUCCAGCGCUGGAUGGAGGACCUGAAGCUCAUGACCGAGUGUGAGUGCAUGUGCGUCUUGCAGGCAAAGCCCAUCAGCUUGGAGGAAGACACACAAGGUGACCUUAUCCUAGCAGGGGCUCCUGGCCCAGGAGAUCCACUACAGCUGCUCCUGAAGCGGGGCUGGGUCAUCAGCACAGAGCUUCGCAGGAUCGGGCAGAAGCUGGCCCAGGACCGCUGGGCACGUGUGCACAGUAUGAGUGUGCGUCUGACAUGCCAUGCACGCUCCAUGGUCAGCGAGUACAGCACCAUCAGCAGGACCUCCUCACAGGAAAUGGGCCAGGCGGAGAAACUACUCAUGGAGAAAUGUUCUGAGCUCUCGGCAGUCACUGAGAGGUGCCUCCAGGUGGAGAAUGAGCAUGUUCUGAAGUCAAUGAAGGCCUGCGUGAGUGAGACCCUGAGCACGCUGGGCCAGCACUUUGGCCAGCUACUGGAGCUGGCUCUGACACGGGAAGUGCAGGCACUUGUGAGAAAAAUUGAUACCUCAGACAACAUCUACAUCAUGGAGUCUACCACAGGGAACCUGUUCAGCCUGACCCAGGAGGGGGCUCCUUUGUGUCGCAUCAUAGCCAAGGAAGGUGGAGUUGUAGCCCUCUUCAAGGUCUGCCGGCAGGACAGCUUCCGGUGCGUGUACCCCCAGGCGCUCCGCACACUGGCCUCUAUCUGCUGUGUAGAAGAAGGUGUCCAUCAGUUGGAGAAGGUGGAUGGUAUCCUGUGCUUGGCCGACAUCUUGACUGAUGACAGCCACUCCGAGGCCACUAGAGCUGAGGCUGCAGCUGUGGUGGCCCAGGUUACCUCCCCACAUCUGUCCUUCACCCAGCACCUUACUAGCUUCCUGGAGAACAUGGAGGAGAUUGUGACAGCCCUCAUCAAAUUGUGCCAAGAGGCCUCAUCGGGGGAAGUCUUCUUGCUGGCCUCUGCGGCCCUUGCCAACAUCACCUUCUUUGACAAAAUGGCCUGUGAGAUGCUUCUGCAGUUGAAUGCCAUCCGUGUCCUCCUGGAAGCCUGCAGUGACAAACAGAGAGUGGACACACCUUAUACUCGGGACCAGAUUGUGACCAUCUUGGCAAACAUGUCUGUGCUGGAGCAGUGUGCCUCUGACAUCAUUCAGGAGAAUGGUGUCCAGCUCAUCAUGGGCAUGCUGUCCGAGAAACCAAGGUCUGGGACUCCCGCCGAAGUGGCAGCCUGUGAAAGGGUACAGCAGAAAGCUGCGGUGACUCUCGCCCGCCUCUGCCGAGACCCAGAUGUGGCCCAGGAGGCUGUGCGGCUCAGCUGUAUGUCCCGCCUGAUUGAGCUCUGCCGAUCGCCCUCUGAGCGGAACAGCAGCGACGCUGUGCUUGUGGCCUGCCUGGCUGCCCUGCGACGGUUGGCUGGGGUCUGCCCAGAAGGCCUCCAGGACGCUGACUUCCAGCAGCUGGUCCAGCCUCGGCUUGUGGAUUCCUUCCUGUUGUGUAGCAACAUGGAGGAGAGUUUUGUGUAGGAGAAAGAGGCACACAGUGGACACUCCUCAGAACACUAGCUCUUCUCGCCUCCUUAUUUAUAUGUAAUUUAUUUUUUUUUACAUGAAAUAGAAAGGGAAAUCUUCAUUAGUGAGGAGAGGAGGUGGGCCUCGGGAAUAAUUAAUCUUCCUCCCUCCCUCCCUCCCUCCCUCCUUCCAUCUCUCCUUCCCUCCCUCCCUCUCUUUCUUCCUUUCUUUCUUUUUUCUUUUUGACUUCUGCAGCUGUGCUGGUGCAGAAGUUGAAUCAUGUCAAUGUUUACGUGACAGGUUGUCACAGGUGAUUCCCCUUGUGAUACUUUCUCUCUUUUCAGCAUGUACUCUUUCUUGCCUAGUUAAAAACAAAACAACUUUGAACCGGGGUAUUUUAACUACCUGGCAUUUUUAAAAGCUAGUUUUACUCUUCAAAAAUUGAAAGCAAAUUUCACAAUUGGAAAUGCUUUCCUUUAAUAAACGGAACU